CCACUCUCUCCCUUUGUCUCUGUUUGCUCCUCCUGGCGCUGCCAACAGCCGUGCUAACGCAUCAGUCGUCGUGGCGACAGGCCCGUGAGUGCCAGGGUUAGAAGGGGGCACGACCCCUGGCAAACUUCCUCCCAGGUGGAUAGAGAGGCUCGCUCAGGAUAUUAAUGCCGCUCCAUGCCAGCUGCAGUUUACAGUCGCAACAUGUGGAAGGUGAUGCUCCAGGCAGCGAGGUGGGCGCCUCUGUGGACCCCAGCAGCGGCUACAGUUGCGUCCCAGUGACCCGCAGCGGCGGGCUCGGUCCCGACCACCUGGACAGCCAGCUCUACGGACACAUCUUCCUGCCCGGCCACCCGCGGCCCCGUCGCCCCAAGCUCCAGCACUCCCAGUCCAUCCUCCGCAAGCAGGCAGAAGAGGAGGCCAUCAAGCGCUCCCGCUCGCUGUCCGAGAGCUAUGAGCUCUCAUCAGACCUACAGGACAAGCAGGUGGAGAUGCUAGAGCGUAAAUAUGGUGGGCGUUUCAUAACCCGGCAUGCAGCCCGCACCAUCCAGACAGCCUUCCGCCAGUACCAGAUGAACAAGAACUUUGAGCGUCUUAGAAGUUCUAUGUCUGAGAACCGUAUGUCCAGACGAAUCGUCCUAUCCAAUAUGAGAAUGCAGUUUUCCUUCGAAGGACCUGAAAAAGUCCACAGCUCCUAUUUCGAGGGAAAACAAGUCUCGCUAACAGAUGACGGGACCAAAAUCGGAGCACUGGUGCAGUCAGAGCAUGGUGGGGAAAUGGGCAUGCAGGCCAAGACUCCCACGACACAGAGCGACUUCACAGACGCUAUCACAGAGCUAGAAGAUGCCUUCUCCAGGCAGGUCAAAUCUCUAGCUGAGUCCAUAGACGAUGCUCUAAACUGUCGCAGUCUGCAUGGUGACGACAACCAGCAGGAGCCAGGGAGAGGCCACCAGGACAUGGACCGGGAGGUCAGCUGCCAGGUGAAACCUUCCCACAGUGCUUCAGAGCACCGCAAGCUGGACGAGAUGACCGCGUCUUACAGCGAUGUCACCCUUUACAUCGAUGAAGAAGAACUGUCACCGCCACUGCCCCUGUCUCAAUCUGUAGACAGGCCCUCCAGCACAGAAUCAGAUUUGCGUCAGCGUUCCCUCAAUUCUUCCCAGGACUACUGGUCACUGGCUCACAAAGACGAGAAAGGUGACACGGACACCAGCUGCCGCAGUACGCCAUCUCUGGAGUGCCAAGAGCAGCGCUUGCGCGUGGACCACCUACCCUUACUGACCAUUGAACCUCCGAGUGACAGUUCAGUGGAGCUGAGCGAUCGCUCUGACCGCAGCUCUUUGAAGAGACAGAACGCAUAUGACCGGAGCCUCAGCAACCAGCAGAGCAGCCCCAAACACAUCAGCCAUAGCCUGCCACCCCGAGGGCCUUCCAGGGAAGAGGACGCCACCCGCCAUCGACCACGACAGCUAGAGGCCCACCUGGCCAUCAACGGCACCGCAAAUCGGCAGAGCAAGUCGGAGUCCGAUUUCUCCGAUGGUGAUAAUGACAGCAUCAACAGCACGUCCAACUCCAAUGACACCAUAAACUGCAGCUCUGAGUCCUCGUCCAGGGACAGCCUGAGGGAGCAGACGCUCAGCAAGCAGACCUACCACAAAGAGACUCGCAACAGCUGGGACUCACCCGCAUUCAGCAAUGACAUCAUUCGCAAGAGGCACUAUCGCAUUGGCCUAAACCUCUUCAACAAGAAACCAGAAAAAGGCAUCCAGUAUCUGAUAGAGCGAAACUUUGUUCCAGACACUCCAGUGGGUGUGGCCCACUUCCUGCUCCAGAGGAAAGGCUUGAGUAGGCAGAUGAUUGGCGAGUUCCUGGGUAACAGACAGAAACAGUUCAACCGAGAUGUCCUCGACUGCGUGGUUGAUGAAAUGGACUUCUCAGCGAUGGAGCUGGACGAAGCACUCAGGAAAUUCCAGGCACACAUCAGAGUGCAGGGAGAAGCUCAGAAGGUUGAGCGGCUAAUAGAGGCCUACAGCCAACGAUACUGCAUCUGCAACCCCGGUGUGGUGCGACAGUUCAGGAACCCAGACACCAUCUUCAUCCUGGCCUUUGCCAUCAUCCUCCUCAACACAGACAUGUACAGCCCCAACGUCAAGCCCGAGAGGAAGAUGAAGCUGGAGGACUUUGUUAAGAACCUUCGAGGAGUGGAUGAUGGGGAGGACAUCCCCAGAGAGAUGCUGGUAGGGAUAUAUGAGCGGAUUCGCAAGCGAGAGCUCAAGACUAAUGAAGACCAUGUGUCCCAGGUUCAGAAAGUGGAAAAACUCAUUGUUGGAAAAAAGCCGAUCGGCUCGUUACACCAUGGUCUGGGCUGUGUACUAUCCCUUCCCCACAGGAGACUGGUCUGUUACUGCAGACUUUUUGAAGUGCCCGACCCCAACAAACCACAAAAGUUGGGCCUGCACCAAAGGGAGAUCUUCCUGUUUAAUGACCUGCUGGUGGUUACUAAAAUUUUCCAAAAGAAGAAGAACUCUGUGACGUACAGCUUUCGGCAGUCCUUCUCACUUUAUGGCAUGCAAGUGCUGCUCUUCGAGAAUCAGUAUUAUCCCAAUGGAGUCCGUCUGACCUCGGCCAUUCCCGGAGCUGACAUCAAAGUCCUCAUCAACUUCAAUGCGCCCAAUCCUCAGGACCGCAAAAAGUUCACUGACGAUUUGCGAGAAUCUAUUGCUGAAGUCCAAGAGAUGGAGAAGUAUCGGAUAGAAUCUGAGCUAGAAAAACAGAAGGGAGUGGUGAGGCCCAGCAUGUCCCAGACUUCAGGGUUAAAGAAGGAAACAGGCAACGGCAACCUGAGCCGAGCAAGCCUCGACGACAGCUACGCCAUCGGCGAAGGUUUGAAGAGGAGCGCCCUCAGCAGCUCCUUACGUGACCUCUCGGAUGCAGGCAAGCGUGGGAGACGCAGCAGUGCAGGAUCACUAGACAGCAAUAUGGAAGGGUCCAUCAUUAGCAGUCCUCACAUGCGGCGGAGAACCCCCUCCAACCGAGACUGCCCUUCCCGCCACAGCGGCCAGUCCCUGCCCAACUCCUCUUCGCUGCUCGGAUCUUUGUUUGGCACCAGGCGGAUCAAGUCCCCCAGCCCCACCCCGCAGCCCCUGCACCCCACCCUCAUCUCCCACACCCCUCACCCCGCCAACCUGCACCACACCGCCCGGGUGGAGACGGACACGCCGGUCCCCAUGCAUCACGCCCAGUUCUGCCACAUGACCCAGAACCCCCCGCCUUACCACCACCACCACCACUAUCACCCGCCAGCCCACUUGCAGCACCCUCCACACCAGUACCACCCGCCCCCUUCUCACGGCCAGCAGCAGCCCUACCCGCCUCACCCGCAGCACGGCCACGGGAGCCACCCGCCACUCUCCUCCCACCCGGCUCAUGGCUCCCACCACCACGGCCCGCCGUCAGCACCCCCCCAGGCAACCAGCAGCACCAAGCCCAAGCACAGCGGUAUCAGUACGGUGGUCUGAGGUGCACAGGGGCUCUCCGAGCUCCCUGACUGAACUCUGAUUUUAUUCCGAGGCUCGCGCUGACGUGACGGUCGCACUGUGCAUCGUUAGUCUGGGGAUGUGAAGCCAGACGAGAUCCUGUGCCUCCUUCAGCAUCUUUUGUCACUGGGGCAGUUUAUUCAAUAUAAACACGUUUCUUUUCUGGUUGCUCCUUUCGUUUCAUUUCAGGUCAUAAGUCGUGUUUGCCUGCUUCAAGAGCAACAGAAAGCAACACAAAAGCAUGCACAAAGACCACAACUACUGUUUCUCCUCAGUAAAGUAAAGGAACAUGAUCAAAUAUCCUGCUUACUAGUAUUUUACACACAAAGUGAAUAGUAAUCUUGACUUUAAUGCCUACAAAGUGAUUUUAUCUAGUGUGAGGGUGGUUUGGCUGAACAGACAGACAGACAGACAGACGGUCAUCCUCAGCAGUAGCUGUACGAGUAUUUAAUGUAGCGGUAGCUCACAGUGCACUGUGAUAUCUCUUUUAGCAGUGAUUAAUGUGCCAAUUAUUGAAUCAUUUACUAAUUUAGUCACAAAAAUGCUUUAUGUAUAUUGUGCAUAGUAUUUUGUAAAAUAAUAUCAACUGUUAUUAUUCUAAUUAUUAUUAUUACAGAACAAAUGGCAUCAAUUAAAACUUCUCAGUAUUCUACUCGCACAUAGGUGGCAUAGUUUCACUGUUAGGAAAACAAUCAAAGAUUUUAAUAGUUAGGGAAUUCAGUAAGCUGGAACACUACUGUAUGUGGUUGCCUUUGAGUUAGAACUGUGUGAAGACUGUUGAAGGCUGGUGCAGACGUGCACCCGGCCUGCACACAGUCUCAUCCGCCGCACUUGUCUUUGGUUCGGGGUCGUCUCUCCUGCUCUGGAAAAAGGAAGCCACAGCGAGCUGCUGAGCAAACAGAUUCAUCUGAAUGUCCGCCCUUCAGUACUGGCUGCUUGUCCGACAUCAUUUUAUUUUUUUAUCUAUUUUUUUAGAGUCCGAUAAACUAUAUAAAAUGCUCUAUAUGUUGUACUGCAGCCUGGCGGGGUUCUUCAAGUCCGUUCUGCAGGAGGAGGAGGAGGUUUUUGGUGUUUUUUCAUUGGAAACUGAAGGAGUCUGUGCGAACUGUGCAGCGGGGAAACAGCAACAUGACUGUUUCAGUGUCUCUCCUGACGUGGAGGCUCUCAGCUGGCUGAGUGUGCCCUGUCCCUCUUUGGUUUCAUUGUGCGUCUCCGGAGCAGCGAGCACGUCGUGCAGUGCUGUGUGCUCCCUCCAUCGGACUUUUCCUCGGAGCCGCACGGACGCCACAGUACAAAAAUCAAUAAUUAUCAUUUUGUGAUGGUGAUAGUACUCUUUGCUUCACUCACCACAAAUGUCAGUUUUAUAUCAAUCGUCUUUCUGACAUAUUAUGGGAUGGCUGGUUGUACCUCCCAGCCAUCCUGUGCACAGCAUCUGUGGUGUGUGCAGAGCGGAGGCAGGGGGCUGGUGUGCUGGAGCAUAUUUUCUGUUGAAAGUGAUAGACACAGCACUUGUUCUACUUAGUUAAUAUCAAUGGCUGAAGUUAGUCUGUAUCCACUUAAAGACUAUGAGAUUGAUUGUGUGUGUUUUUUUACUUGUCUGUGCAAUAUGUAUUUACUUUUUGUGUAAGAGCAAAUCUGGUGGUUGUUCCAUUAUGUUAGCUCUGUCAGUUUUGUCUUUUUUCCCCAACGUCCUUUGUCAUUUCUUCCUCAAUGUUUCGGUGAAGUACAAGUAUCCACAUGGGUUUGGAGGGACUGGACCUUCCACACUGAUAAAGAAUGUCAAAGAAAAUAAUUGCAUGUAACAAUGUAUUUCGAGGCUAUUUUCUAGCUAUUGUGUAUUCCCAGACUAUAUCAGUGUUACAGUUGACAGUUGUUAAAAAUGAAUGGUAGAAUAGUUUUGACUUCUUCAAUUACAGCUAACUGAAGUCAGCUAUGUAUUUGUGUCACUCCAGAGGAUAACCAAAUCUGUAUCUUUUCCUGAUCCACAUACAGUAGUUUACUGGAUCUUUAGUGUACAACAGUAGUUAAAGCUGGAUGUUAUCACAGCCGUGAGAGGAAAGAUAGAGCAGGCGUGAUGAAAGGUGUACUCUGUCAUCUGGAAAUCAGAUUGAUUGGACAGACAGCCAUGAGUGUAAUGAAUGGAACUCUUUUAUCUUCAUAUUUAUCAUCUGUCUCUGCCAGUGGCUCACACUUGUCGAGUGUCCAGUACAUCAAUAUUCUUAGAUACCUCUUUCCUAAAGGUUCAAGUUUUCAAGGUACCGCUUUCCAAUAUGGCACCCUUCAUUAAGGCUUUAAAGGGCUGAUUAAUAAACGUAAUUAUCUAAUAACUUUAUAGAUUGUUAAUAAGUAAUUUCUUAAUGUUUUAUACAUUUUAAUAAGCCAUUCAUAAGAACAAAUUUUGGGUUGCCAUGUUCUGAAAAAAUCCCAGAGGCUGGUGUUUAUCCUCUGCCAAUGUUAGUCAUAUUUGCUGUCGAUCAGAAGACCAGCUUGUUUUUGGCUGCGAAACCCAAAUGAUCAUAGCAGGGCAGUGGAGAGGUCUGCAAACUAAAAAACAUACGUGUAAACACUGUACGAUCUAAAAUAAACCAAAAAAUCAGCUUUGUAAAUGUUUGAUGAGGAAGAUAAUGUACUGAACAUGCUUGUCCGACCUCGUGAAUACUCAGAAUGCAUUUUGGUGAGACAUACUGAAUGUAAACAUCCAACUAAAUGAGUAUAAAGACAAAGCAGCUGCUAUGCUUUGCAGGGUUUCCAUUGAACAACACACAAAAUGUCUUCACGUUUAUGAAAUAAAACAUUAAGAGCACAGCUGCUGUUUCUUACAGCAAAUGCCAUAUAUGUAUUGACACUGGCGUUUCUGACAAGACCUCACUGGAGGAGGAUAAACCUGCCAGACACAUUUUUCACAACCUGGCAACCCAAAUAUUCCUCUUACCAAUUGCUUGUUAGCUACAACCUGCAAAGCCUCUAAAAAAGAUGCGUAUUAGACAGUGGUACCAUAUUUAAAAUGUCGGUCUUGAUUCAAAAUGUAUUUUGCAGGCUUUAAGUACUGUAGGCUACUCUAAAAUCUAAUAUUUGUCUCCGAUCUGUCAAACAUACAGCAUUUACAGCAUUUAAUUGAGCGUACUUUAGGUUCUAGUCAGAAAAGUGCCAAUAUAGCAUGGUCAUUACAUUUUACAUCAGUACCAAAUAAGUAGGGACCAAACUGAAUCGACCCACCACAAAACCACAGUUGACUAAUCACUACUUCUGUCCUCAGACCCACAGUAAGUCUGAUUACUAAUUCAAUGUUAUGGAACAACGGUGCAGACACCAGCCAAGAAGAAACCAAGCUUUGUUGAACACUGAAUAUUAAACAUGUGCUUUCAGUCACAACCCUCCACUUCCUUCAGACGACCGAUCUGUCGUGAAACCUCUCCAGAUUCCGUGUGAGGUGCUUUGUUGCAUGCCAUUGAUGCCUACCGCUUUCUUUUUUCUUGUCUUUUCUUUUUCUUUUUUCUUUUUUAAGUGUUCUAUUGAGCAGCGGGCUUGACUAAACACUCAAUGUAGCUUUGAUUUGUCCGACUGAUGCUUGUUUACAUUUAGAUGAUUUCUGGCCUGCUAGUGUGUCUUUUCAUUGAAAGUUGUGUCAUUCUCCUCCGGCAUGCAUUUCACCUCUGUUUCCACUGUACAGUCUAAAGACAUGGCAGUAUACUGCUGAGUGUAAAUAGCAAAUCCAUCUGGGAAAAUCUAAUGUAGCUUGAUAUAGAGGGUCUGAAAUGGAGGAAACAUUUUAAGGGUGGGUAGUAAAGAAUAAGAAAACAUAUGUAAAUAGUCUGUAAAUUAUUAUUAUUAUUAUUAUUAUUAUUAUUACUACUCAAUGUCUGCAGUUACAUUAAAGCUGCAUUCCUGCUCCCCUCUGAUACUUACAUAAUCAUUAACUGCUUCUCUCUGCCUCCGACAGGACUGAAUUAUCAUAGGAUCUAGAGAUGAACAGCCAACUGUUACACAGUUAACACUGCUUCUGACUUAUUUCCUGAGACGCUCCUGUACUCUCACACUCACAGCCCACUUUUGAAGUUAAAGGGAAGGGAGGAGUGCUCUUAUUUUAUUAUGCAUUCUGUUUCUAAGUAGACAAACCCCAUUGAUGUAAAACUAGUACUGUGACGAUGUUGAGAACGCAAAAUAAAGCGAUAUACUGUAAAACCUGA